CAUGACACUGCAAUUCGAUACAGCUCCUGUUGAAUUAGCCUGCUUCUGUGAUUGAGACCUCGUUACCAGUUUGUCUUAAGUCUAAUUUCCACAUCUUUGUUUCAUGUCAUAAUACUUUUUGGCACGAGCUAGUCGGUGAUACCGGUGUAGGGUGAAGCUCGCGCGCCUGUCCUGCGCUGUACCGUCCCUCUUCAGCGCACUGCGUCAUGGCGACGGCGGCGACAAAGUUACACAUUUCCUAAACUCGUUCAUGGAGUAUAGUCCAUCUGACAGUCCGCAGAGACACGUUAUGGUGGAUUACAGUGUUUCAGAUGUACCAGAACCCCUAGCCCCAUAGAGAGUUGGCCCUUUUACAAUGGAGAAGCUGGCGCUAAUGGCCUUACUGGAAUGUCCUCUGUGUUACGAGCAGCUGGAUGUGUCAGCCAAGGUCCUGCCCUGCCAGCACACUUUCUGUACGCACUGUCUGCAGAGGCAGGAGGCAGCCCACUCCCAGCUGCUCUGUCCGGAGUGUCGCGCUCCUACCUCGGCCAGGACGGUGGAGGAGCUUCCUGCAAACCCCCUGCUAGUGCGGCUCCUGGAAGGGCUCCAGGGCUCAUUGGAGCCCCGCAGGGAAACGCAGACAGCCCGCUACACAAUGCCCAUGGCCAGGCAGGGUCAGCAGAAGCAGCAGCAGGAGAGUCAGCACAGAGAAAAGUAUGGGCACAGUGAGCUUGCUCUCAGACCUUUGAUGCGUAACCAACGAGGUGAUUCGUCAGGAGAGAUGGUCCUCACGCCAGGUAAUGGUAUCACCUCGAAACACAAAGUGGAUGAGAACUGGCAACAUGGAAAUGAAGCUGCCAGUGGCGGUGUGCCUGGCACUGCCAGCACGCUGCAGGCCGUCAACCAGACCUCUCAGGUGCAGCCCCUCCAGCAGUCCCAACCUCCGACUUUCUGCAGGGGGCUGUAUGACUUUAACCCCGAGGAGAUGAAUCUGGAAGACAGUAAAUAUUGUCUCAGCUUCUUCAAGGGAGACAUCCUUACUGUCAUCAGACGGGUGGAUGAACACUGGAUUGAAGCCAAGCUCGGGGAGAAAAUUGGAAUUUGCCCUCUGCAGUUUACAGAGCCAUACACACUGGCUGCCACUCUAGAGGGAAAGAAUCGGAGGUGGAGUGACUCAGCAGAAUUUUACCAUCGGACUGGGAGUGGGGGCAAAGACAAGGCCAUUGACGUAUCCGGUAGGACCACCCAUUACGGAGUCCUUCAAGUCCCAGCAAAGACACCCAUCAUCAAUGCGUUGCCCCUCUCCAACCAACGGAAACAGCCCGCAGCCAGCAGCAUCAACUUUUAUCAGACUACCAAAGCAGAGACGACCAAUAUCAGCACCUUCAAAAGCACCAACCAUCCGGGUCUGUCACAUCGCCUCUCGGUGCAUCCUGCCGCCCGGGGCCUCUCUCACCCUUCUAGAGGGAACUCUCACCGAGUAAGACGCCACUCUGACUCUACACACAGACACCUGUUACAGGGUGAGAAGAAGAUGACCAGUGAGACUCCACCCACCAUCUCUAUGGCACUGGUGAACCAAAUGUCCUCCGCCUCUGCUGACGGCAAGAACUCCUCCACGCAGCAGCUCUCCAUCAGUGUGUGUGCCGUUCUGUACUCCUACAAACCACGACGGCCAGAGGAGCUGGAGCUGAGGAAAGGAGAGAUGGUGGGAGUGUACGGAAAGUUCAAGGAAGGCUGGCUGCGUGGGUUAUCGCUCAGAACGGGGAAAGUGGGCAUUCUGCCCAGCAACUACAUCUCGCCUGUGCUCAGAACCUCGGCCAGACUCAUGGAGACCAAAGCAGCUAAUGCGUCCUCACAGUACAACACAGUAGAUGGAAAGAAACCCACAGCUGCCAGGAAUCCUGCUGUGGUCCUUGCUCUUGAUAGGGUAAACGCUGAUGCAACGGUAUACUCAACAGGACAAGUCCCAUCUGUGCCAAAUGGAGCACGGCAUGCAAUGUCAUCCACUGGUGCUGGAAAACCGUCCCACUAUGGGGGUGCACCAGGCUGGGACACUGUGAGGCGGAUCUUUAACCCUCAUAGAGGCUCAGACCAUUACUCCCAUAUGCCCAAUAUGAACGCCCCGUCCAAUUCACAGCACUUUGCACAAGUUCAGGCGUCCGGCUACUCACCUGCCCUGCAGAGGAAGAAAAAUAGCAGCCAGUCCAGCUCUGGCAGAACACUGGGCUGGAUGACUGAGCCAGCAGUGCCCUCUGCUGCUGCAGUCUUUAAGGACAAGAACUUCACUGCUUCACAUGAGGCAACAUUUCAGCAUGACAGACAGCCUUCCAAUGGGCCUCACUCAAUCCUAGUCAGACCUGACUCACACAAGAACAAUACAGACAAGCCGUCAAAGUCAGUGCGGUUCCUCACAGAUGAAAACUCCCCUCCCCCAAGACGCCGGACCUCCUCGUGGUCAUCAGGAAAUCAGGUUCCCUCCAACUGCCGCCCUGGCCCCCUUCCGUUGGAAGUGUGGGCUCCAUCGCUCACCCUGGGACGAGACGGACCAGGGAUCAUUCUCAAAGAAGGAAAAGUUCCUAUUCUCAGGAAAGGCCUCGAAACAACCAUGUCAGAUCUCAAUUCUAACCCUCAGAAAAUGAUAUCGCCACAGCUGUCGUUAUCAGCUGUGUCGGCUCAGCUCAGCCCCAGCAGACACAGAGUGUCCACUACGCAUUUAGCACAGACAGACUCGGAGCUCAGUCUGCUUCAAGGAGAGCUCGUUCUCGUCCACAGACCUCGACCUGAUGGACGGGUUCUGGUUACCCAGGAGAGCAGUGGGCAUACAGGCUUAUUCCACAGCGGUAUUCUUCAAACCCUUGAGAGGCUCAGCUGACUGUGUACUAUUACUGUAACUGUAUAUAUUCCAUGUGUUCAAACUGCCAAAAGACUUGACUGACCUGCUGAACAACAAGAUGCGUGUUGAGGCCCAAAGGUUAAUACUGCCAAAUGACAAUCCCAUGAAGGUGUUUAUUUUUUUCUGCAUAUAAGAGUGUGGUUAAAUUCUCCAGAGAUAUAUUGUGUGUCCUUUAACAUAUGUGCAUGUUUGUUACACAUGUACUAUUAUAAGAUUUUGCACAGAAACCUACCUAAUGACUGUUCCUUGUUUAAUACCCAUGUUACACGCAUUGGUUAGUGCCUUUGUCAAAACCUGCAAAGAAAACAAACUAUAUUUAAAUAUAUUUAGAGAAAGUACGAAGUAAUAUAUCUGUACUGCUUAUGUGGUAAUAAACUAUACUUCCAAAACGUUA